UCGAUAUCCAAUGAUCCUUCCACGCUCCCUACCUCAGGGCCGUCCGCCAUGAUCGGUCAACCGCCUGCAAAUCUUCGAGACUAUUAUAUCGUCAAGGGCCUGUUCCGCAUGGUCACUCUCAACGAUGCGAAUCCUAUGAUGGGUUAUUUCCUGGCUGUUAAGCCUCCAUCCGGAUAUGUGCACGAAAGCCGAGCGCCUGGCAUUCUUGUCGGUAUGCUAGUUGUGAUUACAGCCAUUGUGUUACCGACAGCCACAAGACUGAUAUUGAGGCUGAGGCAGAACAAGAUGAAAUUCGACGAGGAUGACUGGGCUAUUCUAGCGGCAGUGUUUCUUGCAGUGGUUUUUCCUACACUACAGAUCGUCAGUCUUUUCAAGGGCGGCGGUGGUCAACAUACCUGGGAGAUAACGUACGAAGUAAUGGAGUACGGAAACAUGACCGGCUAUAUCUGCAAGAUCACGUUCUACCAGGCCGUCAGCGUCAUCAAGCUAUCCAUCGCACUCUUCGUCCGUCGACUGGCGGACCCCUUGUUGCUAAAGUGGCGAUGGUUCUGCGAUGUUUUCAUCGGGAGUGUCGUAGCCUACAUGCUCGUAGCGCUAUUCUGGACCAUCUUCGCCUGCGAUACGCCCCGAGCGCAAUGGUCUCUCUACGAGCGUGGACGUUUAGAUUCUCCCCCGCAUUGUUUGAACACAAAGCUGCAAUCGCAGGUCCUUGGCGGUAUUCAUCUUGCGCAGGGCAUAAUGCUGGCGUCGGCGCCAAUCUUCAUCCUGUGGAAAGUUCGCAUGAAUCGUGCGAAGAAGAUGCGUCUCUACAUUUACUGGAUCACAGGCGGUAUCACCAUCCUGGGUGGACUCCUGCGGACGAUUCGGCCAGGAGGGUACAAAGACGUGACGUGGGAGUUCGUCGAGGUUCUAGGCUGGACAUGUCUUGAUCUCGUGUUGGGCAUCAUCACCGCAUCACUGCCCAUACUCGACGGCAUGUUUUCGGAUUGGUGGAACAAG